AUGGCGUCGGGCCGGCAGCCACCAGAACACCACAUGGCACCGGCUUUCCGAGGGCCGUGCUUAUUGUCUUUGAGGUCUGCUGCAAAUUCUGAGACUCCGAACUCAACCAUCUCCAGAGAGGCCAGCACCCAGUCCUCAGCAGCUGCGACCAGCCAAGGCUAUGUUUUACCUGAAGGCAAAAUCAUGCCUAACACCAUUUUUGUUGGUGGAAUUGAUGUUAGGAUGGAUGAAACCGAAAUUAAAAGUUUCUUUGCUAGAUAUGGCUCAGUAAAAGAAGUGAAGAUAAUCACAGAUCGAAGUGGUGUGUCCAAAGGCUAUGGAUUUGUUUCCUUUUAUAAUGACGUGGAUGUUCAGAAGAUAGUAGAAUCACAAAUAAAUUUCCAUGGUAAAAAGCUGAAACUGGGCCCUGCUAUCAGAAAACAAAAUUUAUGUGCUUAUCAUAUGCAGCCACGUCCUUUGGUUUUUCAUCCUCCUCCACCACAGUUUCAGAGUGUCUGGAGUAGUCCAAGCACUGAAACUUACAUGCAGCCGCCAACUAUGAUGAAUCCUAUAACUCAGUAUGUUCAGGCAUAUCCUUCUUAUCCGAGUUCACCAGUUCAGGUCAUCACUGGAUAUCAGUUGCCUGUAUAUAAUUAUCAGAUGCCACCACAGUGGUCUGCUGGGGAACAAAGGACUUACGUUGUACCUCCGGCUUAUACAGCUGUUAACUACCACUAUAAUGAAGUUGAUUCAGGAGCUGAAGUUUUGUCAAGUGAAUGCUCAAUUCAUGAAGCUACUCCAUCCUCUGGAAAUGGUCCACAAAAGAAAUCCGUGGACCGAAGCAUACAGACAGUGGUAUCUUGUCUGUUUAAUCCAGAGAGCAGAAUGAGAAACUCUGUUGUUACUCAAGAUGAUUACUACAAGGAUAAAAGAGUCCAUCAUUUUAGGAAAAGUCGGACAGUGCUUAAAUCUGUUUGAUCCUCUCUACUAACUUUCUAGACUCAUGGGAAGAUGCUGGUUUUGAAUAUUAAGAAGAGACAAAGUUUUUCACUAUUAUAGAAAUUUAAUUCUGAAUAUAUUGAUAAAUCACAUUCAUACUAUACAAAUUGUAUUAGAUUGCCUAGUUUUAUUUUACAUUGAAACUGUUUUUCAUUAGAUGUUUGUUUAGAAACUGGUUCUGUGUUGAAUAUAUAGUUGAAAGUAAAAAAAAUAAUUGAGAAUGAAAGGAAUAACUUUUAAGAUUUAUCUGUAAGGAUAUUUUUUUUUUUUAAAAAAUUGAAAUUGACAUUUGAAGAGUUUAAAAACAAAUGCUGAUUUUCAAAAAAUUGUUUUAAAAAACCCACUAUUUUGAAAGGUCAGAAUUUUGAAUACAAGCAUUUCAUUUCUCCAGCAAGUACCUGUGAAUAGUACAAUAUUUACAAUAUUGUGCUUUACAUUUAUGAUUUGUCUAGAAAUUUGUCAAGAAAACCACAAAAGCAGAGUUUUUAAAACUGCAUUUUUAAUCAGUGAAACUCAGUAUAUAGUUAGCUUUAUUGAAGUCUUCCUUACCUAAACCCAGUAAAACCAAUUCUAAACAGUCAAUCAGUGGGUCUUAUGUUUAUUACUUGGAAAUAUUUUAUCUUUUAUCUGGUAUCCAUACAUAGAUAUUUUAUUUGAUUGGGAUGGUAAUUAGGAUAACUAAAAUUCUGGACCUAAUUUUUUAAAAAAUCCAAGACAAACUAAACUUUACUAGGUACGUAAGUUUUUCAGUGAGUUACCAUUCUCUUUUUUUUUUUUAAGAAAAAUUUUUCCUUGAAAUGCUAAACUUAAUGGCUGUAUCUUAAAUUGUGCAAAAUGUUGGUAAUAAAGAAUGCUGAAGCUUUUUUUUAUGUCACUUAAAGGUUAUAAUCAGAGUAUCUGAAAGGAAUUGCUUUUAUAAAAACAUUAAAAUAUUAGUUAUUUGUUAAAAAGCAAAUAGAUUUUUAUUUUUGUUAGUCUAAUGUAUUUUCUUUUUUAAAGUAAAAUGUGUCCAAGAGAGUCAAAGUAGUUUUGGCGUUCUUAAGUCACAAAAGUUGUUUAGUAAGCAUAUCCCAAGAAUAUACUAGAGUCAGAGUUAACAAUCCAUUUCUACAUUAGCUAGUCUCAUUAGACAUCAUGUAGUGUACAAACAACUAGAGCACCAGAACUCUUUUGCUGUACCCACAGUCUUGCUUUCCUAGCCUGUAACACCAUUUUUCCAGGAAGCUUGCUCCUAAAAUAGGUGAUAUAAAGGUGAGAAGUAGCAGUAUGAGCAAUUGAAGGCUAAACCUUGGAAUAAUAGCAAUGGGAUAAUAUUUUUUCUAAGGGAAACACUUGUGUCAGCAUCAUUUGACCUGCCACGGACAUGAGUUUAAAAUGGCUUCCUGGCCUAUCUUUUCAUUGGCCCCUUCACUAAAACAUGAAGACUCCUUUUAUCCCUAACUUAAUGCAGCUACCAUGGGGCAUAUUAUCAGUGCCCAUUGUUGUCUUAUAAUUCAUAAUAAUUUUCAUUCUGAAUCUGAAGGGAAGAGUCUUUUAACUUAAGGAUCCCCAACAGGGCUUUCCUAUGCCUCAUAAUUUGAAAGUACCCUGAAAUUUGUCCUUUUUAAAAUUCUCUGUACUGUUUUUUGUGUGUGCUAUAACAUUCUUACAUGUGUCAUUCUAUGAUUAAAUCUCCAGGUUACUAUAAGUGAUACCUAAAUUCUAAAGAGCCACUUCUAAUUAUCUCGGUAUGACUUUAAGAAAAAUAGGGAAUAAACUUUUUAUUUGUGUGCUGUUUUGUUGGAUUUGAAGUAUUUAAAAGAGUAAGGUAGGAAGAAGUGACAAAGUCCUGAACCUUUCAAAAUGGAAAAUUAAUUUUGAACUUAAAAGUAUGUUCCUGUUACCUCUUGCUGAUACUGUCUU